AUGUCCGACUCGGACACAAGCGAUGCCAGCCCGUUUGGCUGGGCCCUCCGCGUCAAUGGCUCCUGCCUCGACGUCGAGGAGGACUGCGGCAUGACCAUCGAGCCGUACCGAGUCUGCUGUCCCGGGGGUUCGUACUGCCCACACGCCUACAACGUCGCCUGCUGCCCAUCGGGUUCAAACUGCACGGAAGCGCUGGAGGCCAAACCACACUGCGCCAACGAGACAUGGGACCUGUAUAUCAACGGCGGUUAUUUUUGCUGCGAACACGGCACGAUCGGGUAUGCCACGGACACGGAUUCAAACGGGUGCGGGGAUGCAGAUUAUGAGCUGCAGGUUGGCGAGUCGGCUUUGCCGAUUAUCCAGACGGGGACGGUCACAACAAGUACCCCGUCACCAACAUCAACCCCGUCAACGACAGCAACCGACGACAGCUCAUCCUCAACACCAACAUCGACAUCGAACAGUUCCAGCUCGAGCUCAGAUCCAAACACGGGCGCGAUAGCCGGCGGCGUGGUCGGCGGCGUGUGCGGUGCAGCAAUCAUCGCAGUCCUGGUCUGGCUUUUGAUCCGCACGCGGCGGCGGCAGCAGACGCAAGACGCAAUGAACCAGGCUGAGUACUUCAACAAGGCUGGGCUGAUGCCGCCUGAGUCGGUGCAGACUUCGCCGCUGCCCGUGGAGAUGGAUGCGCAUCGGUUUGCAGAGCUCGGGGACCAUCGGACGGUUGCUGAGUUGCCUGGGUAUUAUGGGAGAUAA